UUCUACACAAAUCAGGUUAUGUUGUAGGCGGCAGAAAAAAAAGCCGCUGUCUUUUGUUUUAGAAAGCCAGCGGCAAGAAAUGAAAUUGUGGAUGAGGCAUAAGCUACACCACAGAAAAAAUCAUUCACGAUACUGACUACGGUCAAGUUGUAAUUCAUUCUACGUUAAUUCAUUGGGUCAACAAGACACUGUCAUUGUUUAAGAUAAACUGUUUUAAUCUCAAAUUAGGUAAAGAAUAUAUGAAAAGAAAAAUCUUUAGUAAACUUUAAACAUAUUUAAAUAUACCCUGUUGCUGCUAGAUAAUAUAUAAAAUGAAGAUAAAAGUAACCACUAUGACUGAUUUUACAUUUGAUUUGGACGUGUCUGAAGAUUUAGAAUUGGAAAAUUUUAAAGCGCUCUGCGAGAUUGAAUCUGGUUUUCCGGCUUCUGAAAUUGCAAUAGCCUUGAAAGGUAGACCUUUGAUGGAAAAUGCCAAAUCACUAAAAGAACUUGGAAUUAAGGAUGGAGAUAGUGUCACUCUUCAACAUAUACUAUCUGUAAAUUUUGACGCCAGUAGUAUAGAAAUUUCCAAUAGUAGAAGUAGACGAGUUGAAGAUGAUCCUGUACUUAUUAGAGAAAUGUUUCUUGCAAAUCCUGAACAGCUUGCUCUUUUAAAACAGAAUAAUCCUAGAUUAGCAGAUGCUCUUCUUAGUGGUAACAUAAAUACAUUUGCAAUAGUUCUGCAAGAACAAAAUAGAGCAAGAAAAGAACUUGAAGAACAGAGACUGAGAAUGAUGAAAGCUGAUCCUUUUGAUGUAGAGGCACAGCGUCUCAUUGCUGAGGAAAUACGACAAAAAAAUAUUGAAGCAAAUAUGGAAGCAGCUAUGGAACAUAAUCCUGAAUCUUUUGGUACUGUAGUUAUGCUUUAUAUUAAUUGUAAAGUAAAUGGACACCCAGUUACAGCGUUUAUUGAUUCGGGGGCACAGACAACAAUAAUGUCUAGCCAUUGUGCAGAACGUUGCCAUCUGAUGCGUCUAGUUGAUACUCGAUGGGCAGGUAUAGCUAAAGGAGUAGGUGUACAAAAGAUAAUAGGAAGAAUCCACAUGGUACAAAUCCAAAUAGAGGAUGUUUUUCUUACAACUAGUUUUUCUGUAUUAGAAGAUCAACCAAUGGAUAUGCUGCUUGGAUUGGAUAUGCUAAAAAGGCAUCAAUGUUGCAUUGAUCUCAAAGAGAACGUACUGAGAAUUGGUACCACUGGUACAGAAACAAAAUUUUUACCUGAAAGUGAACUGCCAGAUUGUGCAAGACUGAGUAGUUUAUCAGAAGAAGAUAUUAUUCUGAGGUCCAGAAAGGAGGAGGAGACUACUAUGAAAAAUACCGACCAAGGUUUCUUGUAUACUGCAUCUAUUUUACAAUAUUUUAGACACACUGUAUAUUCCACAAACCUUCAAUGUUCAUAAUCAAUUUAUAAUUAUAUAGGCUAUUUUGUUAACUUGAAGGUUACAAUGAAAAAAGAACCUCACAUAUGUCCUGAUGAGAUUCCAAUGAGAAAUCUCCUCAACACCUCAUUUUAGGUAAUCUCUUCCUAACAUCAAUGAAGGGAGUAGGGGAUUAACAUUUAAUUCCAGCCUUUGGAAACGCAUUAGGCUUCUCUAUUAUGUUGUUUCUUGUACUUUUGCAAUUAGAAGGUCUUCGUGUAUAAUCUGGUUUGAAACAUACAAGGGAGCAUUGACAAGUGCUCGCAGAAUCUUAGCUGGUACAGUCCCUUAGCUCUAUGUUGUUGUUAAGUCCAGAUUGGAAUGCUGACAGUCCUGUACAAUAAGAUUUUAUUUUCUAAAGACAAUUUUUAUUUUCUGCUUAGUAACCAAUACAUUCUCUCAUUUUAAGGCCUAUUUGUAUGAGUUUCUUUUUAAUGUGUUCUCUCCAGUUUAAUUUGGUAUCUAAAUGCAUUCCUAGAUAUUGGAAAUUCUAUGUUGUUGAUGUAUAUUGGAAGACUUUUUCUUUUCUUAGUAUGAAAGUUAUGUGUUACGAUUUGCUUUCGUUACUGUUUAUUCUCCACUUUUUGAGACAUUCUUCUACUUUGAAUAUAUGUUCUUGUAGAUUAGAGGAUGUUACUAGGGGAUCUUUGUUGGUCGAGAGAAUAACAGUGCCUGUUAUGGUAUUAAUUAGAGACUGAGAGUUCGGCCGUGAAUAUUAUUUAUAGUAUUGUCCCUAGGACCCUGCCUUAUGCAACUCCAGAUUUAAAAGAUUCAAAUUGUGAAGUUUUGUCUUUUAUUUUUUAUCUAAAGAGUCUGUCUGAUUCCAGUAAGUUGAAAAAAAGAGUCUGAUUUUAAAUGUCUUAUGUCUCAAAAUACUCCUGAACAAUACUUUUUUUCUUCUAGGGCUACCUAUGUUUAUUUCAUGCGCAAUUCGUUGGCACUUUUGAAUUGUUGAGUAUUUUUGCCAAAAACCAAAUUGAUG